GUUAAUUACAAACUUUUAACUGAGCCUUAGUUGAUUUGAUGUCAUUAGUUAAUUCAUCAAAAUAAUCAUAAUUAAAAUCAUAAUCAAAAUCAAAAUAUCAUGCUAUUCAAUAGUGGAUAUACGCGAUUGGUGAAUGCGUAUCAAUCCAGUGAUAUUUCUAGUCCUUCGAAACUUUUAUUUCAAAUCAUUAUUUUACAAUGUUUUUAUUACCUUUCAGCAUUAAUAAUAUUUUACCUUGUUGCAUCACUAAAUGGAUAUGAUUUUAAACUUGAUUGGAUAUUUCUGUGGGAAUUGGUGGCACUGGAUAAUGCUAUGGGAUUAAUAUUAUUUGCAUUAUGGUUAUUUGAUUCUUUAUUAUGUGUAUUAUUUGUUACUAUAAUAGUUGGAAGAUCAAAAUUAGCUUGGGAUUUUGCUAUUACAGUUCAUAUUAUAAAUUUAAUUGUGGUAUGGUCUUAUACUAGAAAAUUCCCAACUUCAAUACUAUGGUGGUGUUUACAAAUUUUAAGUGGAGUUUUAUUAGUAACAUUAUCUACUUAUCUGACAAGAUGGAAAGAAUUACGAACUACUUUCUUUGAUAAUAUGCUUGAUCAACAGGAAUUAGGUCAAGUUCAACAUCCAGAAGAUUUUGAAAUGCAUGAUUUACCCAAACAGGCUGAACCACUGACUUAAUGUAAUUAAUACAUAGUAAUUUGUAUAGUAAUUUACGAAUAAUAGAUUAUGGAGAAGUUAGGUGUAGCUUCUCUCAGAACGAAUAUAUAUAUAUAUA